CAGGUUGUGAGGCUGAUGAUGUGCUGUGAAGAUGGAGGCUCCUGAAUAUCUGGACCUGGACGAGAUCGACUUCUCUGAAGACUCAGUGUAUUCUGUGACGUCUCUGAAGAGCAUCCCAGAGCUGUCCAGGAGGAGUGAUGGUCAGGCUGACGAGAGACCAGCUCCAUCCAUCAACUGGAGUCGUGGCGUUUCCUCCCACAGUGGCGGGGGAAUCAAACCCACAGGGCUCGCUGAGGUCCAUAGUAAGUUCCGGCCGGUGAAGAGAGUCUCUCCCCUCAAACACCAACCUGAGACGACCGACUCAGACUCCGAUGGGAAAGCCCCGGGUCAGGGGCUGGGUCUGGGGGAGCCAGGGGAGGCCAGUAAAGAUGACCCUGGCUCCGACAAGCCAACUCAUGCCUCCACCUCCUCCGACGGGCCGGGGGAGAAGGUGAAGGGCCUGGGCAGCGUCGGUGUGGGUGUCGUCGGAGGGAACAACCCUCAGGCUCUGUUCGGGGAGCUGGAGCACUACGAUCUGGACAUGGACGAAAUCCUGGACGUGCCUUACAUCAAAUCCAGUCAGCAGAUGUCCACGCUGCCUCGCGUCCCCCACGACAAGCGCUCAGUGACGGGGAGCAACCUGGGCGGGGGCACGCUGGAGAGGAACCGGGGAGGAGGGCUGAAGAGCUCCACUUUGUCCCACAACGAGCCCCUGAGCCUGGGAAGCAGCAGCAGCUCGCAGACUCAGUACUGUGUUCUGUCUCCGGUGAAGUGGUCGGACCUGAGGAAGUCCAAGUCGAUGGAUCCAGAUCUCCACCACCUGCACCGCUCCCAGACUGGAGGAGGUUACCAGCCAGAGCUGCUCUCCUCCGGACUCCUCAGCUGCUCGUCCUCCCUCUCCUCUUUUUCUGAUACAGACAAGCUGCUGUCAGCGCGGGUUUACCCAGACUCCCAGACCCAGAGGCCGGGCGUGGAGCCUCCAGGGGGCCCGGCUCUUAUGUUCCCCCUGCCCGGGUGCAGCGUGGGCAGGCAGGACGGCUCCAAGCCCAGGGCCCCUGGAGCAGGAGGAGGAGGUGCAGGAGGGGGUGGGGGGCUCAGGGGGUUUGGAGGUGGAGGAGCAGAGUUGGAUGAGGAGACGAAGAAGAACCAGAACAUCAUGAACAUCGUCAGAGAAGGACAGAUCUCGCUGCUGCCUCACCUGGCAGCAGAUAACCUGGAGCUGAUCAGAGACGAUGAUGGAAACAACCUGCUGCACAUCUCAGCGUCUCAGGGUCACGCUGACUGUCUUCAGCAUCUCACCUCUCUGAUGGGGGAGGACGGACUUAACGAGCGCAACAACCAGCAGCUCACCCCUGCAGGCCUGGGGGUCAAGAACGGUCACCUG